AGCAUUUGAAAUAGGAAGUGAAGUCUUUAAGGCAGAUACAGAGGGGAAGGAAGCGCUCAUAUAUUGAAAGCGCAAGAGUUCUUCAGAUGAACUUGGGCACAGUUUGAGAACACAGCAAUAAAUGCUGAGCUUUGAUGCAGAGAUGCUUUACUGGAGGUGUUUAUUGUCAGUCUGUCUCUGGCUCAGAGUGACCCCUACUAAAGCUGGUACAUGGACUGCUAAUCUGCCAUCAUCAGUGGUGGGUUUGUCUGGCUCAUGUGUGGUGAUUCCUUGUACGUUCAACUAUCCAGCAGCUGGAAAAACAUACACCAAUUUUAAAGGAAUCUGGUACAAAGUAUACGACCAGUCAAAAGUAUACCAUCAAGAUUUCUCAGAAAUCAGUGACGAAUUUAAAAAUCGUGCCAGCCUUAUCGGUGAUUUCCGCCAAAAGAACUGUUCUUUAAAAAUCAGCUCUCUGAGACAAACAGACAAUGUGGAGCUCAUGUUCCGGAUUGAGAUUGAAAAUUUGGACAAGUACAGUUAUGAUAAUAAAGUUUCUUUACAAGUGAAAGAAAUGCCGGAACAGCCUAGCGUAUCUGUGGAAGAGGAACUGACAUCAGGGAAACAGGUGAGCGCUACCUGUGCCGUGUCUCAUUCCUGUCCAUCAGAUCUGCCUCAGGUCACCUGGAGCCACCAAGGCUCACCCUCCGGUCCUUCACCGCCACAAGAUCACGGCCAAUGGAAAUUUACAUCCUACAACCUGACCUUCACUCCUUCAAGAGAAGACCAUAACACACGUCUCAACUGCACUGCAGACUUUAAAGGGAAAACAGUGACAGGCUACAAAACACUCAAAGUUAAAUAUCCUCCAUGUAAUGUAAAAGUAGUCACUGGCCCCCCAGUGAAGGAGAAUGAGUCCAUAACACUGACCUGCUCCAGUAACAGCAACCCUCCUGCAAACAGCUAUGAGUGGUUCAGCUUAAACAAGACAUUGUCAGCAAAGGGAUCCUCUUAUCAACUGGUGAAAGUCUCUCGGCAUACUGAAGCCAUUUCCUGUACAGCCAUUAACACAGAGGGAAGAAACAGCUCUGAUCCACAUCAAAUUAAUGUUCUGUAUCCUCCAUGUAAUGUAAAAGUAGUCACUGGACCCCCAGUGAAGGAGAAUGAGUCUUUAACACUGAACUGCUCCAGCGACAGCAACCCUCCUGCAACCAGCUAUGAGUGGUUCAGCUUAAACAAGUCAUUGUCAGCAAAAGGAUCCUCUUAUCAACUGAUGAAUGUAUCUCGGCAUACUGAUGCCAUUUCCUGUACAGCCAUUAACACAGAGGGAAGAAACAGCUCUGAUCCAAAGAAACUCAAUAUAUUAUAUCCUCCUGAUAUUAAAAAUGAAUCAUCUUGCCAGUCUGCGAGCUCUACAGUCUGUGUCUGUAUUGUGGACUCCAACCCUCCCAGUGAAGUCAAGUGGUUCAGUCCAGAUUCAUCGAAAACCUUCCUCAGCUCCAGAACGGAAAUAAAACAGUCUGUCAGCUUCUUCACUCUGGAAGUUUGGCUGGGUUUCCCUGAUACUGUUCAGUGUUUCGCCAGUAACAGCGUGGGAAGCUCUUCCAUAACUCUAAAAGCUCCUCAAAAUGGCAUGGUACUACAUAUUGCGGUUGCAUCAGCUGUUGUAGUUCUAGUUGUAGUUGGCAUUUUAGUGUACACUGUGAGAAGAUGCUGUGGGAAGAGAGCAGUACGACAACCUGCAAUGCAUUUGAGGGAUACAGAAAGUGAAAUGAAUACCACAAACAAGUUUGAUGUUGAAACCUCUAAAAAUAAAGAAGAGAAAUGUUGUGAUGAAGAUGUUUAUACAAACAGCCCAGACAAUGUUUACAGUAACUGGGGGUGUGAAGACAACCCUCCAUCAUCUGACAACACCUUGGAAGAUGAAACAAUUUAUGCCAACACAUUGUCAUCAGCUAAAGCUGACAAAUGGACUGCUGAUGUGCCAACAACAGUGGCGGGUUUGUCUGGGUCAUGUGUGGUGAUUCCCUGUACAUUCCACUAUCCAGCAACUGGAAAGACAUACAGCACUUUUACAGGAAUCUGGCACGCAGGGAAUGCUGACUCCAAAAUAUUCUCUUUGCGUGCCAGUGACACAGGGCAAUACAUGUUUCGGAUCGAGAUUGAUCAGUUGGACAAGUUCAGCUAUGGCGCGAAUAAAGUUUCUAUACAAGUGAAAGAAACGGCAGUACAGCCUAACGUCUCUGUGGAAGAGGAACUGACAUCAGGGAAACAGGUGAGCGCUACCUGUGCCGUGUCUCAUUCCUGUCCAUCAGAUCUGCCUCAGGUCACCUGGAGCCACCAAGGCUCAUCCUCCGGUCCAUCACCGCCACAAGAUCACGGCCAAUGGAAACUUACAUCCUACAACCUGACCUUCACUCCUUCAAGAGAAGACCAUAACACACGUCUCAACUGCACUGCAGACUUUAAAGGGAAAACAGUGACGGGCUACAAAACACUCAAAGUUAAAUAUCCUCCAUAUAAUGUAAAAGUAGUCACUGGACCCCCAGUGAAGGAGAAUGAGUCUGUAACACUGACCUGCUCCAGCGACAGCAACCCUCCUGCAACCAGCUAUGAGUGGUUCAGCUUAAACAAGACAUUGUUAGCAAAGGGAUCCUCUUAUCAACUGGUGAAAGUCUCUCGCCAUACUGAAGCCAUUUCCUGUACAGCCGUCAACACAGAAGGAAGAAACAGCUCUGAUCCACAUCAUAUUAAUGUUCUGUAUCCUCCAUAUAAUGUAAAAGUAGUCACUGGACCCCCAGUGAAGGAGAAUGAGUCUGUAACACUGACCUGCUCCAGCGACAGCAACCCUCCUGCAACCAGCUAUGAGUGGUUCAGCUUAAACAAGACAUUGUCAGCAAAGGGAUCCUCUUAUCAACUGAUGAAUGUAUCUCGGCAUACUGAGGCCAUUUCCUGUACAGCCAUCAACACAGAGGGAAGAAACAGCUCUGAUCCACAGAAACUUAAUAUGUUAUAUCCUCCUGAUAUUAAAAAUGAAUCAUCUUGCCAGUCUGCGAGCUCUACAGUCUGUGUCUGUAUUGUGGACUCCAACCCUCCCAGUGAAGUCAAGUGGUUCAGUCCAGAUUCAUCGAAAACCUUCCUCAGCUCCAGAACUGAAAUAAAACAGUCUCUCAGCAUCUUCACUCUAGAAGCUUGGCUGGAUUUCCCAGAUACCGUUCAGUGUUUCGCCAGUAACAGCGUGGGAAACUCUUCCAUAACUCUAAAAGCUCCUCAAAAUGACAUGGUACUAUAUAUUGCGGUUGUAUCAGCUGUUUCAGUUCUUCUUGUUGUAGUUGGCAUUUUAGUGUAUGCUGUGAGAAGACACUGUGGGAAGAGAGCUGUACGACAUCCUGCAAUGCAAUUUAAGAAUGCAGACAGUGAAAUGAAAACCACAAACAAGUUUGAUGUUGAAACGUACAGUUUAAGUCAGAAUUAUUAGCCCUCCUGAAUUAUUAGUCCCUCGUAUAUUUUCCCCAAUAUCUGUUUAAUUGAAAGUAGAGUUUAACACACUUCUUACAUAAUAAUUUUAACAACACAUUUCUAAUAACUGAUUGAUAUUUAUCUUUGCCAUGAUGACAACACGUAAUAUUUGACUAGACACUUCUAUCCAGCUUAAAGUGACAUUUAAAGGCUUAGUUAGGUUAAUCAGGGUGAUUAGGCAAAUCAAUCAAGUUUUCUGUACUUAAAUAUAACUUUAUUUACUUCAUCCUGUGAUACAAAACUGAAUUUCCAUGAUCAUUGCUCUAUUUUUCUGUGAAAAUCUUGUCAAAUCUUUCAGAUAAUUUUAUUAAUUAAUUACCUUUAAUUGUAACACUUUCAGAUCACAGAAUCUAUUUCUGAUGUGUCUACCCAAGAACAUUUUUAUCAUUAUCAACAUUGAAAUUUGAAAUGUGUUGCUACUAAAAACAUUUUUGGAAACUGUGACACAUCCUCAAAACUUUGAGUAGGAUAUUAAUACUUUGGAUUAAUUAAAAUUUACAGCAAAUACAUUUAUGUUAGAAAAUAGUUCUGUUUCAAAUUGUAUUCUUUUGUACGUUCUAUUUAAUCACAAAAAAGAAAAUAAUAAUAACAAUAAUAACAACAAAAACAAUAUGAAAAGCUGUUUCUUUAGCACUAAACAAUGUUAGAAGCAUCCUGUAACAUUGAAGAUGUAAUACUAAAAGCUCAGCUUUUUUGUCACAGGAAUUAAACAAUUAUUACAAAAAAUCUUUAAACUGUAAUAGUAUUUCACAAUAUUACUCUUUUUUUACUGUCUUUUUGCAGUCUUAGUGCAUAAAUCCUUAAUGAUUCAGUAGUAAAUAAUGAAUGUUACCUAACAAUACGAUAUAUCAGAAUCCUUACAAAUGAUUUUUAUCUGACAUUUUAUGCAAAGCAGUGAAGAAGAGAAAUGUUGUGAUGAAGAUGUUUAUACAAACAGCCCAGACAACAAUGUUUACAGUAACUGGGGGUGUGAAGGAAACUCUCCAUCAUCUGACAACACCUUGGAAGAUGAAUCAGUUUAGGCCAACACGUGAAGAGAUGCAGUAUCGACAUGCAGUAUCGUCCUUAGAUCACAACUGUUUUUAUGACUUUGCUUUGAAAAUGUUCAAGCCAAAAAUGUCUUGGGGCUGAGAAAAACACAUUCUUUGGAAUGUCUUUAAUCUUCAAAUGUUGUUAAAAUAUUAAAUUUGUAUGUUUUAUGAAACACAACGCAAUCUCACGCCAAUUCGUAACCUUUUGAUUU